AUGUACACUCCGACCGCACAACAUCCCAGACGUGAAUUUUAUUCGCGCGGGCAAAAAAACACCACAGCGCAAAUGUCAGAUACUACUACGAAAGCGUACGCGGCGCUCGAAGUGAACGCGAAAAAGCUCGAACAGAUUGAAAUAGAUUUGCUCCCGUUAACGGACGACGGAGUAGAGAUUAAAGUGGAAUGCUGUGGGCUUUGUGGAAGCGACGAGCACUUGAUAAAAGGUGAUUAUGGAGAAUACGCGGUGUUCCCUCAAGUCUGCGGACACGAGGUCGUAGGUACGGUCCGCCAAAUCGGGAAAAACGUGAAAGAUGUAAAAGUUGGUCAAAGAGUCGGAGUCGGUUGGCAAUCGGCGUCGUGCCACUCGUGCGAGUGGUGCACUAAAAAUAACGAACAGCUUUGCGGAAAAGUGAAAUGUACGUGUUGCGAAGGCAACCGAGGCGGGUUCGCGGACGUGAUGCGAUGCGAAGAUUCGCAGUUUGUUUUUCCGAUUCCAGAUUCGUUAGAUAGUUGCGAAGUCGCUCCGAUGUUAUGCGGAGGGCAAACCGUGUGGACACCGUUGAAGGAACAAACGAAGCCGGGCGAUAAGAUUGGGGUGUUAGGCCUCGGAGGUCUCGGGCACAUGGCGAUCAAAUUCGCAAAGGCGUUUGGAAACGAAGUCAUCGCCAUUAGCUCUUCGGAUUCGAAAAAAGAAAUGGCUCUCGAACACGGCGCGACUGGCUUUCUGGUGCACACCUCGGAAGACGAGAUGGAAAAAGCGGCGGGAACGUUGGAUUUUAUUUUGGUGACCAUCGCGACAUCAGAAACGGUGGAGUUUGAAAAUUUUUUCAGCCUCUUGCGACCUCGCGGGACUAUGUGUUUUGUAGGUAUGGUUCCCAAGUUUAUGAUUGAUACGUUCACCAUGGGUUUCACGAUGACAAACUGCACGACCUCGAACACCGGAAGCAUCAAAGACAUGAAAGAAAUGCUCGAGUUUUGCGCGAAGAAUAAGCUUGGCGCGAAGGUGAAGAAAACACCGUUGAGCAAAAUAAAUGACGCGUUAGAUGAACUCCGAAGCAAACAAUCCGCGUUCAGACACGUUCUCGUGAAUGAUUUAUAG